AUGGACCAUGCCUCCAACGUGUCCGUCUCGAGCGUAGAGGCUUCUGGCAGCGAGGCGGGAUCCCCGCACAACGGAGUCUCUUUGCAAGCGAAAGACGUUUUGGGAACAGAUCAAGAGAUCGGACGGGCCUGCGAUACACGAGACGCAACGGACGAAGACCUGCCCGAAACCACAACCCCCAUCAAUUUAUCCGGUGCCCUUGAUAAACAAGCAUUACACGGUGACGGGAACGAGUCAACACAGCGCAAUGCGACAAUAGGAGAUGCUCACAGCAGCAGCGUAUCAACGAGUCAAGGCGCGAAGGCUACCCCCAGCCUUUUCAACAAUCCACCAAACCUAGCACGCAUACGCAAGGUCCUGUUCGAGUGCAAGGACCCGAUAGAAAUCAGUCUCGAAGAAUUUGAAACAUAUUGGCCUUUUAUAGACAAUGUAUGGGUCAAACAAAGAUCAAAUGCGAGCAAAGAGGGCCAUUGCACCACCGACUAUUACAUGUGCCGUUUACGGCGUCCAACACACCGCACAUCUGAAACUCGCCCCUUACCAGAAGGCAAGCGCCCUCGCAAAAAGCGAGUCCGAGAGGGAGGCAUCUGUAACUUUCAAAUCAAGGUUGUCCGGUUUGAAGGCGCAUACUCGACCGUCACCAUCGCGAGAACGCCGGGAAGUUGCAGCAUCCACUCACAUGACCUCGACUACAUCGACCGAGUGAAGCGGAACUCGGGAUUAAUGGAGUACGCGCGCAAAGAAUCUGUGAAGGGAUAUCUCCCUUCUUCCAUUUACACCAAAUUUCAGGAAGAACCAGAUAAGCUUGGUGAGGCUGGCGGGCGAUUCUUCACUGUGACAGACGUCCGCAAUAUCUCCGCCAAGUGGCGUAUACAAAACCCAGAGGUGAAUCUGGUCGCACACGAGGGCUACGAAUACCAAAAGGGCCAUGGUAUUGUUAAAACUCAAAGCACCGAUGGUGUCAACGAGGUGUCACCCCAAACAAAACCAACCUCGAUCUCGUCAGCUUUGCCCCCGGACACACUAUCCUUCCCUCAGUUUUCGCUAGACUUCUUACAUCCUUAUCUUCCUAAUCACUCGGAACGCCGGGAGCUCCCCCAUGUCACAUUGUCGUACGCAUCGUCGAUGGACUCCAAGAUCUCUCUUCAACCAGGAAUGCAGACGGUAUUAUCGGGACCGGAGGCCAAAUUGAUGACCCAUUAUCUUCGCUCCCGACACGAUGCCAUUCUUGUUGGAGUAGGGACUGUUCUUGCAGAUAAUCCAGGUCUGAACUGCCGUCUGGAAGGGGCCGGUGGAUUUGGAGGCCUGGGGAGAAUGUGGCAACCACGGCCCGUGAUCAUUGAUCCUAUGGGCCGAUGGCCUGUUCAUCCUGAAUGCCGGAUGUUACGUACUGCCGUUGAAGGAAAAGGCAAAGCUCCAUGGGUUGUGUUGUCCCCAGGAGCUCAAAUCAACCCUCAGACACUAGUGAUGCUCAAAGGCUACGGUGGAGAUUUUCUCCGCAUUGUAGAAUACAAUCAACACUGGCGAUUACGCUGGGAAGCCGUCUUUCGUGCCUUGGCAUCGGAGGGCAUUAAAAGCGUCAUGAUUGAAGGCGGUGGUACGGUUCUGAGUGAAUUGUUGAAUCCAGAGUAUACAAGCUUCAUUGACUCGAUUAUUGUCACGGUUGCUCCCACCUACCUGGGCCGUGGUGGAGUGAAUGUCAGCCCUGACUCGAAACAAGAUCAAGAGGGUGCACCCAAUGCUGCGUUGAAUCCUCGAGAAGUUAAAUGGAUGCCAUUGGGACAAAAUGUGAUUAUGUGUGGAAAGAUUCGUGAAGAAACCAGCCGUUGA